CCCUGCUUCAGGUCCUGAGCUACAGGCAGUUAGAUUUGGGUAUGUCAUUUUAGGCGAAAAUUGAAAAAAGUGUCAGAUCCUGUAAGCAAACAGGAACUGACCAUUUAUUUUAACGUAUUCAUCAUCUUUGUUUUAGCCUAGCGCGAUUGAUUGAGACCUGCAAAGUUUUGUGGGAUGUACUCAAAAGCCAAUGAUUAAAUAACCAUCUAUAUCUUAAAUCGAUUUUUAUGCGCACUCAGAAAAGUUGUUACAUUAUGAUGAACUUUGUGAAAUUUGUUUUGAUAACAUUUGGUCCAUCUGAGAAUGUGUUCUUUUGUUCAACAAAAAAUAUCCUUAAUUUGUAUUAUAUUGCAGAGUAUAUGACAUAAAAAUAUAGCAGAGUGCCUGAAAAUUCAGCUAAUUAUCUACUAGUGAUGGAUGAUGACUGGAUUGGGAGGAAGGUUUGGAUGAAGAAUGUAGGGAUGAUAAGGGACCAGAUAGGGAGAUAAACAGGACAUGCAAGGUUUUGCCAUGUGACAAGCAGAUCCCUAGGUGAGCAUUCCCUGUGGAAUGCUAGGUAAGUUUCCUGCUCUACAUCAUACAUAAUCCACACGAAGCACAAACCAAAGGCAGGGGAAUACUGUGGACUUAAACCAGGUAAGUCUCUCCACUUUAUCCUUCUAUCUUAAUGAAAUCCUCUUUAUCUUUAACUCUGCCUUGUUGGAAAAGGACCUGUAAGUAAGAAUUUCACUGAUAGUUUACACCUGUUGUAUACGAAGCAUGUGACAAAUAAAAUGUGAUUGAUUUAAUUUGUAAUAUUAAUUAAGUCACCUGUUACUAACAAUUGUAACUAACAAUUGUCUUACUUAACUUAUAUGCAACUAACGAGCUGCUUUUUAUUGGCAGAAAUCCUAAUGAAGUAGGGUGUGGAGCUAUGCUGUGUGAGGCCUACUCUGACCACUGGGGUGGUCACCACACAGGGUUCCACUGUCCCCGCCUCUCUGACCCCCCUGACCUGUCCUUCUGUUGCUGGCUGGGAGAGGGUCUGGGGCUCAAACAGUGCUGCCCACAUUCCCAGUACCACAAUAGCAUGAACAGCAGUCAGACAGGGACCAGAGUGAACUCCAAAGAACCUGUUUACAGCUACAGGUCCCUGUUCCAGACUGUGGUUCUGCUCUAUGGGUCCUUGGUACUGGUCCUGAUGCUUGUGGACUUCCUAUGGUUCUGUCGUGCGCGGGGUCUUUCAGUAACGGCAGCUCUUACGAGGCAUGUCACGUGUCCCCGUUGGAUCUCUAGCCUCUUCUUCCCGUACAGCAACAAGACACAGCAGCAGCUCUACUGCUACCAUGGCAGUGGGAGGGACUCACAAGUCCUAGGUGAGCACAAGAUCCCUCAAGACUCCUCUUGUCUCUAAGGUAACAGAGGACACCGACAACAGUGAGGCAAUUUGGCUGACCCAUUAAAGACUGAGAGUGUCCUAGGGGAGAAAUGUCCAUGCAAAGUUCUACAUUUGAGCUUUUGAAUCCCUUGAUGACCAUCAAUUUAAAACAACAAAAAACUGGAUAACAUACAUACACUAUGGCAUAACAGGGUGUUUUCAUGCAUAUGGAUCACACCAGAGUAUAUAGGGAUAAUGAGUGAUCAUAAGAUAUCUUAUGGUUUUGCUUGUAUAUUUCCAAUGUGUAUAGUUUUAAUAGGUACAUUUAUUCCCAUCAGCACCAGAUUUAUUAGGAUAUACAGUGAAUCAGUAAACUACUUUGUCUCUAUACUGAGCAAGAGGGCUCAUACCUAAUGCCCUGCAUUGGGUGUCUACUUCAGGUAAAUGCAUGGAACAUUAGAUGAUACUGUAUGAUAUCUAUGGUCUGUCUUUUGUCAUCCUUAUCAUAAUGAAAUACAAUGCUUUAUACUAAAUAAAAGUUAACAU